AACAUGGUGUCAACAGAUCCCCUUCACUUCAGCAGCAGCAACAACACACCGACCGAGCGCUUCAACCCACAACAACCACCCCGCUACCAGCAACUUGACAACACACGAAUAAAAGAGCAAUGAAUAACAGUAAUCAGGCCUCUACAAACUACCGCGAAGCUUUCCAGCUCUUCGACAAGCGCGGCAACGGCCGUGUCGACCGCAGCGCACUGGGCGACCUCCUCCGCGCAUGUGGCCAAAACCCUACGCUGGCUGAGAUUGCCGACCUCGAGCGUGGUGUUGGUGCAGACUUCGACUUCGACACCUUCUCCAAGAUCCUCAACCGCCCCGGCGGCUUCCGCGAACCCUUUGACAUUGAAGAGUACAUCCGCGGCUUCCAGGUCUUUGACAAAGACCGGAGUGGCUUUGUCGGCAAGGGUCAGAUCAAGUACAUUCUGACCAACUUGGGCGAGAAGAUGAGCGAGGAGGAGGUCGAUGAGCUGUUCAAGAGCACGAUCGAUGCCAGCAAUAACGAGGUGGACUACAGGGAGUUCGUCAAGACGAUUGCGGAGAACUAGACCGCGGUCCUUGCGAUCCUUCGUUUCUUCGUCCCCAUCUUCUUCUCCUCCAUUAGGAUUUUACGCGAGCAUGUCUGAAACGGGUCACGGUUUUUUUGCAUGCGGAUAACGUUGGCGUUGGAACUGUCUUAACAUGAUAUAUAUACACUUCUUUGAUAUCUGCACAGUAGGGCUGCAGGGCAUGGAAGUCAGAUAGCUGCGAGCAGCGAAUCAAGAUGCGAAGACAAUAUGAUAAUGAGUCGAGUAAUGCUAGUCACGCAUGUGCAAGUGAAAUGUUGUUGUAAACAGGGAAUGCAACUCUGUUUUUGGAUCC